AUGGGAAAGCAACUGCUGCCCAUGCUGGACUUCUCCUUGCUGUUGUUCUUCCUGCCCAGAAAGGGCUUGGCAGAAGCUCUGAUGUGUUUCCAGUGCACUGUGUUCCACACUAAGGGAAUAUGUUUGUACAAGGAAGGUUCCUGUGAAACUGAAAAUGACCAAACCCGUGUCCUUUGGACAGCUUCCGUGGGUGGCAGGAUCCUGCAUGGGUUCCAGGAAUGUUCUAACCUGUGCAUCAAUCAGACCUUUACAGAAAGAUACAUCACUGUGAAAUACACAUGCUGCAACAACACAUCUUUCUGUAACCAGCCUUAG